AUGGCUGAAGCAUCCAAUUAUGUAUAUCUCCUGGGUCUUCCAACUACCACAUUAGCAGCCGCCUUGUUCUACCCGCUGGACGCACGAACACCGACACCGAUUCCUCUUGUUGUUCCACCGAGUGGAAGAUGGGAUGGAAUAGAUGGACCUUGGUCCAGUUUUGACCUAAGUAUUGGCGGGCCAGCUCAAACUGUAAGAGUUCUCAUAUCAACAUCAAGCAACCAACCAUGGGUUGUUCUACCAGAAGGAUGUCCCUCAAGCGCGCGGGCGGAUUGCGCAAAUUCUCGUGGAGAUAUCUACUCCCCAGGUACUUCGGCGAGUAAACCUACUUGGAUUAACAACCAAACUUCUGGUAUAUACGCCGCGACGAUCGGAGCGGGAUAUGGUUUGAAUGUAAAUGUUGCCUACGGAUAUGAUACUGUGAGACUAGGUUCCGCAGAAAAUGAUCUUCCUUCCAUUCCCGAUCAACUUAUUGGAGGUCUCACCACCAAUGACUUUUACAUGGGCAUGUUUGGUCUCAGCUCGUUGUUGACUAUGUUGGAGGGCCUUGCAGCCCCUGUGGAAAGUUUUAUAUCGAGGUUGAAAACUUCUAAUUAUAUUCCUUCACUCUCGUACGGAUAUACAGCUGGCAGUAUGUACGGUCUUCCGGAAUCUAAGGGGUAUGGAAGUCUCAUUCUUGGCGGUCACGACACUUCUCUAUAUACUCAGAACGAUCUCAUCUUCAAGUUCAAUAAUUCAACAAUGAGUAAUCUAAGGCUUUUCAUAGCCUCAAUAGUCGUCAACAACGACCCGGCUUCGAAGACACCUACCGUAUUGAGUGCGCAAGCCAUAGAGGCAUCUAUCGACUCCAGUGUCCCAUAUAUAUAUCUACCUGUGGACGUGUGCAAGCAGUUUGAGAGUGCAUUCGGACUUGUCUGGGAUGAGGCGAGUCAGCUCUACCUCGUUGAUGACAACCUACGAAGUAAGCUGUUAGCACAAAAUGCAAAUGUCACAUUUGCUUUAGGAAACUCGACAUCUACAACCGUAGCACAUAUCGUACUUCCCUACAAGGCUUUUGAUUUGUACGCAACGUCACCUUUGGUGCAAACGUCGUCGCACUACUUUCCACUCAAACGAGCAGCGAACCCAGGACAGGUCACUCUUGGUAGAGCUUUUCUUCAGGAAGCUUACCUUAUUGUAGAUUAUGAACGAGCCAGCUUUUCACUUCACCAACGGGUCUGGCCCACAGGAGCUCCUGUACCAGCAAAAGUCGUUGCGAUUCCCCCUCUAGCUCCAGGUACCACUGAAAACAAAACCCAAAAAGCUGCUCCACCCAACAUCACUGCUAUUGUAGGUGGUGUUGGGGGUGGACUCAUACUUGUUUUAGUCAUCGCUGGAGCAGUAGUGUUUGCCCUCAAGCGACAAAAGCGCAUCAAUGCAGAGAACGCAGCGAACUCAGAAGCCAGAGGUCCACCCGGAGCGCCUGGAGACAUGGAGGAGAUCGACAUUUCCGGUCCGUCGAACUUUUCGAAUCACCCUGAUGAAAUGAUCCAACCAUAUCAUGUGACGCAUCGGUCGCUAUCACCACACGACGACGGGCUAUCACCAAAUGACGACGAGUCUAUCUAUGGUAACGACGAAGUACGUCCGAAUUCGAUGUGGGAUCUUGAUCCAGCGCCUUAUUCCAUGCCAUCCCGACCUGUCUCACCAACCUCAAUCUACGAACAAGAUCUAUCGCAAAGACAGACAGUAGUAGCACCCGAGUUACCCAAUAAUGCGUAUGAAGCAACGUCGAGGUUCAGCGUAGCGGAAUGGACAAGUCAAUAUGAACCUACGAUUAUGGAGAAGCGAAGUUCGGACCUAUCGAACCAGAGAUAUUACCAAGGCGCCGAUAUGCCUUCACCAAUCGAAAUAAGGAAGUCAAUUGACAACAGAGAUCAAUGGGGUGAUAUCCAGCCGAAGAGAAGUACGGAGAUAUUCCCUAAUCAGCCGACACAAGCGAAGAAGAGUUUCCCUUGGAUAUGA